GGCGACCUGUCCAAAGUUAACAGCAACAUCAGCGGUAAUGUCCAGAAGGAAUUCAGGUCAGACGAGUACCUAAUGCUAACUCAGACAGUGGGGUUCGGGCCGGACAAGCGAAUCCUGAUGGACGUCGGCGCAUGGGCUCGUCUGCAAGCGGUCAGCAGCAGCGGAACUAGUGAGCAGCCGUUGUCAAACGAGGAGUUUGUGUUUGUGUUCGAGGCGACGGUGCAGGAGGUGCUGAAUGAGGUGAUCAGCACCCAGCGAGUGCCGCGGAUGAGCAGCGAUUACGAAGAGGAGCUGUUGCGGGAGGCCGCUGGCAUCCAUGCCGCUCUUGUCGAGGCAGGGCGGCCCGGUCUUUUGUACGACAACCGCUCGGCGGCAGCCUCUCCUGCUGGCGGCGCCGCUGCUGUUACGCGGCAGGCGCUGGCGGGUGGAUCUCCUAGCAGCCAGGGGCGUAAGCGGAAGGGGAAGGAGGUGGAGGAGGAAGGGGAGGUGGGGACGGCGACGACAGGCAAGCAAGCGGCCGUUUCUGCGCACGCACGUACUGCGGGCCCUAUACCCUUCCCAUUUAACGAGCUGGAGGGUUUGGUGAGCCACAUAGCUUCAGCUUUCCGCCUGAACGCGACGAGGCAGCCUAACGCAACGGAGGACGAACGGCGGGCAGCAUAUGCCAGCGUGACCGGAAGCACGCCGCUGACGGUGCAGAUGGAUGAUGAUAACAUACCAGCGGUCAACAUGUUUGACUUUGCGGUAACGCGCAGCCGGGCGGGCAAGGUCCUUGCGCAGCUGCCGCCGCCGUUACCGUUUCGUGCCGUGUGGGGCCCUCCAAAGACCGGGCGGUUCACAUCGGCGGUGGUUGGAAACCUGCUGCCACCGGGCACUAUAGUGGUGAGCGACGUAAAGAAGACUGGCAUCCAGCCACGGGCAGGUGUCGUCAUCUGUGGCCACUCAGAGCAUGGAUGGGGAGGCUACUCUGUGCCGGUUCUGUGCUUAUGUGACAGCUGUUCAGAAACAGACGACGCCCUCCAGCGGAUCUUCGACCUUAAGACGGCGUUUCACCGGCACGCGGGGCAGGAAUCUCUUGACACAGCCGCGUUUAACUGCCAUGCUGUUGUAUGGUUUCCAAUGGAGGGCGCGCCGGCGGAUGAUGACCUUCUGUUCAGCGAGGACGUUGACUCGCCGACGACGCCCGGUUUGACAGGCCUGGUGGUGGUGUCAAUCCAUCGGCUUCUGGCAGGCUGGGCUAAAGUCGGCGGCCGUCCAUUGCGUCGGUUGCCGGAAGGGCUGUUCUCGGCUGCUUCACCGAGACCUGAUUGGAGGCUGCCGGCAGACCCCCAGAAGCUGCCGAGGUUUAGGCGGGCACGGGAGCUCAUCGAGGAGUGGCACGGCAGAAUGACUCGGCUUUCCUCAACGCCCGCGGACGCCACGCAACAUGCGUUCAAUGCUGUCCUGUCCGAGAUUCCGCCGGCGAGUGAGGCCGAGGCUCGCACGGCGGCGGACGCGGCGCAUGCAGCUGCUGAGAGCGCGGUCCUGGCACGGCCGCGGACGGAAUACAUCUUCCAAACUCGAAACGGUGCAGAGGGGACGGGAUCUCGGGUUGGUCUGGAGGGGGAAGAUGAGGAGGUUAAGGAAGGGAAGAGAGAGCGGCGUAAGAAGGAAGCAGGCGGCGGAAAAGACAGGAAGGGAUAAGCAUGCAUGUAGCAUUACACGCAUGCACUAGCAUGGAUACGCUGGGAUAUGUUUAACUGGGUUUGCAUCACGCAAGUUGGGUAACGGUAUGAGAGUGUUGAGGUAACGGCAUGAGAGUAUUGGGUAGCGGCAUGAGAGUAUUGUUUGCUUUACUUUGCACAUGUGCCGGGCUGUGUCUGUGCUAAUGUAUGACGCGAGGGGGUGUGUAGAGCUUGCACAAUAUGCGGGGGGAUUAAAGCGGGGAUGCUUGCAUGCGUGUGGGGGCUACAACGGGUGAGGCGGCAAGUUGCAUGUGGCGAGUUGGCGAGUUGGCGAUGUGCGAGUUGGCGAGUCGGCGAGUUGGGUAACGUUGGAACGGGUGCCGUUGCCGUUGCAUGCUGCAAUUGCAUGGAUUGGGCGACGUUGCUGUACAUGUCUCACCACAUAACAGAGAUCCGGCGACGUCGCUGUUAAGCUGUGUCUUCUUAAAUGUUUAACGGGCCCUUUUGGAUUGAAUUGGCGCAACUUGGUAGUAGACGUUGCAUGUCGGUGAUGAUUGGAACCGUCGGUAAGGUUGUGGGAUCGCCGCAUGUGCACAUGGUAAGGCCGUACAUGUUGCCGUGUUUCCGGCGCAGGUGAUUGUCUGAAAGCGGAAGCACAACUACAUGUGUACGAUAGAGUUGUGCAUGAUGAUGGCUGCUGAACGGUACAGCGACGGUUAUGGAUCGUAUUAAUUGGGGCUAGCUAGUGGAUAGCGAGGUGAUGGAUGUAAGUACCGAAGCUUUUC